UCUCAUCCUGCCUCCAUCUCCCUCACAGCACAUCCUUCCUGAUCGACUUGAAGUGACAGUGCUGACCUGGAUAACUUGCCGAGGCCGUGUCCCACGCUGAAGGAGGCCUCACAGAAGACAGCUGUGUUUAGCGGCACGCUUGCAGACUGCAGCUUGAAUCGUAGCAGCAGCGGCGGCGGCGGCAGCAGCGGCAUCAUCCCCGUUCUUCUCCGACCAAACUCAGCAUGACGGACCCCAGCCUCACGUCACCUUCGGCGACCCCGCUCCGAUCCCCCGACGCCCCUCUCACCGUGUCUUUCCCAUUCCUGAGGGAGGGCAGUCGCGUUUGGGAGGAAAGGGGGGAGCAGGCGCUACCAAGGGAACUCCCCAGCCCGCUGCCGACCAAACGGACUCGCACAUACUCGGCCACCGUCCGGGCUCACUCAGGUCCAGUGUUCAAGGGUGUUUGUAAGAACUUCUCAAGGUCACAGGGACACGGGUUUAUCCGGCCCAGCCAUGGCGGUGAAGACAUCUUUGUUCACAUCUCAGAUAUCGAUGGGGAAUAUGUUCCCGUUGAGGGUGAUGAGGUCACAUACAAAGUGUGCAGAGUCCCCCCCAAGAACCUGAAGCUGCAGGCGGUGGAGGUGAAGAUCAUUCAUCUCAACCCAGGCACGAAACACGAGACCUGGUCCGGGCAGAUCAUCAGCUCUUAGGUUUGAUUUCAAGGGACCGUAGAUGAAGGGACUGAACACGUACAUGAUGCGCAUCCUGUGUUUUCUUUUUACGUGACGGUUUCACCCAUCCAUUAGCGACCGAUCCUCCACUUUAACUCGGAUGCUAUCAAACAUUUUACUGGCGUUGGAUGCACGAGACCUGCAAACGGAGGGAGAGAACAAAAGGUGCCAAACCUGAUUCCUCACCUUUUCCAAAUCCACUUCCUUUCCUGACACUUAAGAUAGAAUACAUGUCCCCCUAAAUCUUGUUCCUGGUACUUAUGGUAAACGGCAAAGUCAUGGCACAGGGGGGGGGGGGGUGAAUCAAUGUGAAUGUUUGAGAAAGAAAUAGUUGAGCGUUUGAACAAGACAAAGUAGCUUGCUUUAAAUAGAUGGUUGAGUUCAGGAGUCUUUCCGGAGGGUUGAAGCAGACCCUCAAAGUGGAACAUGUAGAUCGCAUAUUUUGUUGUCUCGUGUUUCUUCGUUUUUGAUGAUUUAACUGUUGAUCUUUGAUCAUGGGAACACCAAACUCUCCCAAAAUGUGAACCUCUAAUACAAGAGUGAUCUGGUUUCGCUGUUGUGUUUCGGACAAUACAGUGUAUGUAGUUUGUAUGAUAGUCGACUACAUGACUUUAUAGUUGGUCAUUGUCACUGAACUGUUGUUUGUCCUGUAGAAUUUCAGGUUGUGAGCGGUUAUGUUCGGUUUUCAACCUCUUAGCAUUUCUGUCUGUGUCACUGCCUGAAAUGUCAAUUUCAGGUUUGGAUUAUUAUUCGUCACCUCAAAGUUUUUGUUUCCUUUGGUGGUGGCUUGUCCUGAGCCUUGGAAUUAGAUGAAACCAUUUCACAAUUACAA